CAUCUGGCUGUCUUUGCCUCGGUGCAUCCAUGACUGACUGCUGAUGACUCAGAAAUACAUCAACAACCCGCCUGUAAGACCCUCCCCUCCAGUUAUCUGUGCUGCCAGCCUGCCUCUACGGCCGGAGAGCAGCUGCAGCACCGAUGGAGAAGAAGCAAGGAUCUGCUCAUCAGUAUGGUUCACUGGAGCGUACAGCAUGGAGCAGAGAUGCCAAACAAACAGAGGACGACGUCGUGUCCAUGGCCGACUCCACCAUCACUGCGGACGACAUCGAGGGCGAGCUCUUCAAGAUCGAGAGGAUCAGGGACAUCCUGGUGAGGAGGGAGUCGGAGCUCAGAUACAUGAUGGAUGAUAUUCAGCUGUGUAAAGAGAUUACUCGUCUGAAGAAGGAGCUUCACAAAUUAGUGUCUAUACCAGAUAAGGAGAAGUCCAACGAAGAUCGACAGAAGGAAGAAGAACUGUUGCAGCAGAUUCACAAACUAGUGGAGACCAGAGAUUUCUUAGUGGACGACGUGGAGUUUGAACGCCUCAGGGAAAAAGAAGAAGAUAAAGAAAUGGCCGACUUCUUAAAGUCCAGAUUACCGAGAAAUAUGAAGAAAGCAGGUGCAUCAUCAAGAAAAGUAGCAGCCAGAGCCCAGCAGACGUCCUCUCCGUUCGCUAAGACAGGCCUUACCCUCCUAAAGGAGUGCUGUGGCUUUACAUGCUCCAUCAUGUAGACUGCAGCCCUAACAGACUUCCAAACCGAGACCAAGGGAGACGUAUCACCAGGUUUCCUGCUCCGCAUGAGGAAGAGAUGCACAGAGACAUGGAUGGUCCUCUGAAAAAAAUACUGUCGUGCAAAAAUGAUUUGGUGUGAAUUUGAAUAUUCCUUUCUGGACUCUGCUUUAUGUCUGUGCUUCUCAUCUCAGCCAAACUACUGUAAAUACUUUAUUUUACUUCAAGUGCUAAAGGCUCAAAAGAGCCAAGCACGAAUUAUGCCAGAGUACUUUCUGUGAACGCGCUAAUUGGAUCCAACUAUCAUGACUUUCCCACAUGUUCUAUAUUUAGAGUUGUCAUGCAUCUCUGAUAAUUGUCCAGAAGUCUGAGCUGUGCAGGGAGCGAGCCAGUCUGGAUACAGCUAGAAGUUACUAAUUAGUGGUAGGAGCCAUGCAUCCGUAGUAAUGAAGCUAAUGAAACCAUUCAGGCAGGCUGUCAGCAUCAAGCUGUGUGCGAUGUUCCUCCUUUUAAAAGAAGCUGUGAUGUGUUUCUGCUCUACUUUCCCUUUAACCCUUUAAGCCCAGAGGGUCUCAGGAGCAAAUUCCGCCUUAAAUUCCGUAUGUGAAUUAAAGCAAG